AUGUUUACGAAAGACCGAAUGAGGGUUUUGACUCACGGCCGAAGUUCCUGCGUCGAAACCCUUUUAAGAAACGCUUGGGUAAACCACAAAAAGAGGUUUGAGGUUUUCAUAACGCAGCAGGACUCCGCGGCCGCAGACGGCGACGAGGCCUGUUUGCUGCAAACCCUCGCCGCCCUCAAAGUGCCCUGCGGGCUCUUCUCCGUGGGGGCCGUCAGUUCUUUGAUUCGGGAAAUAGACUUCGUGUUGGUUGGCACUGCCACAGUGGCCACAGUGGCCCACGAGCAUUGCGUUCCUUUUUAUGUAGUUUGCGAAGCUUGCAAAUUCACAAAGUGCAACUUCUACUUCUUUCCACAAUCAGCAGCAGCAGCAGCAGCAGCAGCAGCAGCAGCAGCAGCAGCAGCAGCAGCAGCAGCAGCAGCAGCAGCAGAAUCAGCAGCAGCAGCAGCAGCAGCAGCAGCAGCAGCAGCAGCAGCAGCAGCAGCAGCAGCAGCAGCAGCAGCGGCGGCGGCAGCAGCAGCGGCGGCGAAGGUGGCUGCAGCAGCAGCAGCAGCAGCGCGGCGGGAAGCAGCAACCGGGUAA